CAUCAUUUCAUCCAAGUUUUCCAUCUCUGCUGAUUGUUGAAACUUUUCUGUAGUCAUUUUUUAGAUUUUCUGGACCUCUGCCGGUGAAUCAGUGGAUUAAAACCAACAAAAUCCAACUUUAUAUUUUAAAGACUUUUAAACCAAACCAGGACAUUAAGACACUAAACUCAACUAGUUGUAGUUCUAAACUGAACCGACUAGUUUUGCAUCUUUAGAUUUAAACAGCUUUUAGUUUAUAUUUAGUUUAUUUAUUUUUUAUCUAUGAAGCAAGAAAACAGGAAAAAAAAUCGUAAAAUAACAAAAAAGUUCAAGAAAUUCUAUUUAAAACGUUUAUUUUUUCCUGUCCUGCUGUUAAUUAUCGCUUCAACCACUGAAGGGGGCGCGCCUCAGGGUCCGUGAACGCGCAGACUGUGAUUGGCUGACAGCGUUGUGACGCAGCAGCUGUUUCCGAUCAGACUGAUUAGUUCCACCGAAGCUGAUCAGAGAUUAUCGAUCCUCCGGAGAAGAUGCUGCUGUCUGUGGUCGGUCUGCUGUCCGUCUGUCUGCUGGCAGGUGGGACAGCAAGGACAGGUGGGACAGCAGGGACAGGUGGGACAGCAGGGACAGCAGAAUUCGGUCAGAAUCCGUUAAACUCAACAGAAUACAAGAACAGCACUGAUGCUGGACCGGAACCGGAACCUGGACACGGACCGGAACCAGGACAUGAACCUGCUGCUGAUGGAAACUUGAAUGAGACCCAGAAUCAGCAGAAUGAAACCAGUCAUGAAGCUCUGCAGGAACGUUCCACGUUCUCCGGACUCUUUGGUUUCAGCGACCUGGCCGGGGUUCGGUCCUUCGUCCCGGAGCAGCAGGUGGAGACCCGGAUCAUUGGGGGUCAGGAGGCCUGGUCUCACUCGUGGCCUUGGCAGGUUUCUCUUCGGUUCGCCUCCAUGCCGGCCUGUGGAGGAGCCGUGAUCGGACCGACCUGGGUCAUCUCUGCUGCACAUUGCUUCAAAAGGUUCAACAAAGCUUCUUUCUGGACGGUUCUGGCUGGAAAACACGACCUGGAUAAUCCUCAUGAAGCUCAUCAGCAGCUGGUCGGCGUCUCUGCCAUCUUCAGCCACCACGGCUACAACCCUCGGACCAAAGACCUGGACGUUGCUCUGCUGAAGCUGCAGCAGCCGCUGGAGUUCGGCCUCUUCGUCCGACCCAUCGACGUGUGGAUGUCGGCGCUGCCUCUGCUGGGUCGCUGCACCGUCACCGGCUGGGGCUCCACCAGAGAGAAUGGACCUCGAGUGAACCGGCUGCAGGAAGUUAAUGUCACCAUCCUCCCAUCAGAGGAAUGCGAACGCUACUACAGCGGCCGCAUCCAUAACUCCAUGUUCUGUGCAGGAAAAGACGAAGGAGGUGUGGACGCCUGCCAGGGUGACUCUGGAGGUCCUCUGUCCUGCUUCAACGGCAGCAGGUACGAGUUGGCUGGUUUGGUGAGUUGGGGGGUCGGAUGUGGUCGAGCUCAUAGACCAGGAGUUUACACUAAAGUCCAGCUGCACGCCGACUGGAUCCGUGACGUGAUGAAAGGUCAGGAUAAAUUUUAUGAAGACGAGAUCAUGGCUGAAGAGGACAGAUGUGGGAAGCGGCAGAGCUCCAGAUGUGACCCAGGCCUGGCCGGACUCUCCGUGUCCCACGACGGAGUGCUGUGUGUGGGCAACGUGUCCGAGUCCUGCCCCUUCACCUGGCCCUGGAUGGUCAGUCUGCAGUCUGAAGGACGCCACGUCUGCAGCGGAGCUCUGAUCCACCGACGCUGGGUUCUAGCGGCCAAACACUGUGGUAUCAGAGCUAAGGAGGACGUGGUGGUUCUGGGGGUCCAUGAUCUCCGGUUCUUGUCCACUCAGACCAUCCUGGUGGAUGACGUCUUUGAGCCGCUGCAGGACUCCAGCUUUCCUCCUAAAGCCGACCUGUUGCUGCUGCGCCUUGGUCAGGACGCCAGGUUUGGUUCUAACAUCAGUCCAGUCUGUGUUCCUGAGGAGGACGAGGACCUCGAUGACAGCUGGUCCUGUAUCACAGCUGGAUGGGGAGCAACUAAAGCUACAGUUGGUAUCGAUCCGAAACGUUUGCAUCACGCUGGACUGACUCUGGUCAAUGAGACGAACUGCAGGAAGCAGUGGGGAGGAUUCAUCUGUGAUGCGCACAUCUGCUCACAUCCUGCAGCUUCCACUUCCUGUUUGGGCGACUCUGGAGCUCCUUUAUUCUGUCGGAAACAUGGCUCCUACUUCCUGUUUGGCGUCAUUUCAUGGGGCAGCUGGCGAUGCGACGCAGAGAAACCGGCCAUCUUCACCAGAGUGUCCGACUAUCAUUCCUGGAUCAAUGAGGUGACCGACGACAUCUGACUGGAAAUAAACUUGCCUGACUUAGAACUAAA